AUUACUCAGGGUGAGCCCCAGAGGUCAUGUUCCAAGCCUGCAGGGGAGGAAGUCCCAGAGAGCUGCCAGCAAAUUUGCCGGUGCAGGCCACCUCCACUGCUACCACCGCCUCCUCCACCUCCGCCGCCCCCGAGGCUGCUAGUGGUGCCGACUCCCAAGUCUACCUUUUGUCCCACUGAAGAGACCUGGUGGCCAGGCCUGGUUAUUAUCAUCGCAGUAUGCUGUGCCACGCUAGUGUUCCUCUUCAUAGUUGUCAUCAUUUGCUACAAAGCCAUAAAAAGGAAACCAAUGAGAAAAGAAGAGAACGGAACCAGUCGGGCUGAAUAUGCAAUGACCUCCUCCCAAAACAACAAAACAGUUGAUAACAGUGCGGUUGUAUAA